AUGCAAUCUUAUUUUAUUCGUCGAUUAUUAAAAGUAUGCGACAAUAAUGUAAGUCAAGCAAAACAAGAGUUACGAUGGAUUACUCAACAUGUGUUAAAUCAAACAAAAAAUAAUUAUUAUAAUUGCAAUAAUAUUCAACAACUUGAUGAAAAGGAAAAACAAACUAUAGCAUUGAUGGUUAAUGAUCGAGUAGAAAAAUAUAAACCAUUACAAUAUAUUCUUGGCACACAACCAUUUUGUGAUUUAGAAAUAAUUACAAAACCACCAGUUUUAAUUCCAAGUAGAUGGGAAACAGAAGAAUGGACAAACAGACUAAUAACAAAAAUAAAUUCAAGAAUAUUCUCAAAAAAUCAAAAAGGAAUCAAGAACAAUAACGAUAUUAAUAGAAAUGGUUAUUUGGAUAGAGCAGAAGGAAAACAAAUAGAGAUUCUUGAUAUUUGUACAGGAUCAGGAUGUAAUGAUAAUGCUAGGACCAUGCAGAAACAAAAUUUUUUAAGGAACAAUUUUGAGAAAGCCACACAAUGUCCUCAAAAGCAGGAUUGGAAAACAAAUUCAUGUUAUCUUUCUUCCAUAUAG